AUGGAGUCGCAUCUUCCGCUGUCGCGCACGACGUCAACGUCGACGUCGAGCACCAGCACCAGCACCGCGCCCUGGCAGCCAUCGAGCGGCCCAAAGGCCAGGCCCAGCGAGCCCGAGGAGCAGCUGCUCUCGCCGCUGGGCACCGCAGCACUCGCGCCCGUGCACCCCGCCGUGCACCCCGCCGCCCUGCCCGCCGUGCACCCCGCCGUGCACCCCGCCGCCCUGCCCGCCGUGCACCCCGCCGCCCUGCCCGCCGUGCACCCCGCCGCCCUGCCCGCCGUGCACCCCGCCGUCCUGCCCGCGCGCCGCCCGUCCAAGGCGUCGGAGAGCCUGCUGGACUACUUUGGCCGGAACAACGGGUUUGCGGUCGAGGAGGAGCUGAACGAUGCGACCAACGAUGCGACCGCCUUGGCGGCAGCGCGGUCCCCAUGCUCCUUGUCCGCCUCGGAAGCUAGGUCGCGGUCUGACGUCGAGGAAAACCGAUCGCGGCACCUUUCCUUUUCUUCGCUGUACAGCCUAGGCUCCGCCAUCUACGCAAACACUCGCGGCCCUUCUUGGAGCGGACGCAGCUCGCUCAUCGGCAGCGAACCAGACGCAAAAAUGUCCGAGCCCGCCGCGCCACACGGCACCGGCACCACCGCGACCUCGUCGCUGUCGGUGACCACGCAAAGCCAACAUGGAUCGCUGGGGCCCAAGCCCUCUCCCACCCAGCUGCUCUUUCCCCACGAGCAGGCUGAUGUCCAGCACGCGCCCCCUUGUAGCUCCAACCCCACUGCCAACUCCAACGCAAAUCCCAAUCCUGGCACCGACUCCAACACCGUAACCUCGCCCACCAACCCCACCGCCGCCUCGCCGCCGCCCUUCAGCAGCCCCGCCAGCAUCGGCAUGCGCGAGCCCAAGAAGCCCUGCAGAGGCAUCAUCGGCGUCUGCGCCCUCGAGUCCAAGGCCCGCAGCAAGCCCGCCCGCAACAUCUUCGGCAAGCUGGUCGACGACUUCGAGGUCAAGAUCUUUGGCGACAAGAUCAUCCUCGACGAGGACGUCGAGAACUGGCCCGUCUGCGACUUCCUCAUCUCCUUCUUCUCCGAUGGCUUCCCCCUCGACAAAGCCAUCGCCUACGUGCGCCUGCGCAAGCCCUUUUGCGUCAACGACCUGCCCAUGCAGCAGGUCCUGUGGGACCGACGCCUGUGUCUCUCCAUCCUCGACAAGCUCAACGUCCCCACCCCGAAGCGAAUCGAGGUCAACCGCGACGGCGGCCCCAAGCUGCCCUCGGCCGACUUCGCCAAGCAGCUGUACGACCGCACCGGCGUCGCUCUGCUCGGCCCCGCGGACGGCACCGGCGGAGGCCUCCCGCCACCCAAGAGAAUCGAGAUGAUGGACGACGGCGACACCCUCUUUGUAGACGGCCAGACGCUGACCAAGCCCUUUGUCGAGAAGCCCGUGAGCGGCGAGGACCACAACAUCCACAUCUACUUCCACACAAAGGACGGAGCCGGCGGUCGAAGGCUGUUCCGCAAGAUCAACAACAAGAGCUCGGAGAAGGAUGAAUCCCUCGCCGUGCCCCGAUCCAUCACCGAGCCAGACACCAGCUACAUCUACGAGCAGUUCCUGCAGGUCGACAACGCCGAAGACGUCAAGGCCUACACCGUAGGCCCGACCUUCUGCCACGCCGAGACCCGAAAGUCGCCCGUCGUCGAUGGCCUGGUGAAGCGCAACCCCAGCGGCAAGGAGGUUCGCUACGUGACCAAGCUCAGCGACACGGAAGCCGCCAUGGCUUCCAAAAUCUCAGAGGGCUUUGGUCAGCGCGUCUGCGGCUUCGACCUGCUGCGUGCCGGCGACAAGAGCUACGUCAUCGACGUCAACGGUUGGAGCUUCGUCAAGGACAAUGGCGACUACUACGACAAGGCGGCCAACAUCCUCCGAGACAUGUUCCUGACCGAGAUCCAGCGCAAGCAACGCAAAGACGCCGCCCAGAGCGCCGCCGUGGAUGCGCAGGACGAGAGGAACGGAGCGUCGAGAAAGAGCGUGUCGAGCCACCGCCACGCCCUGAAGGGGUUGUUCAAGAGUCCUACUAGCCCCAGCUUCGAGAAGCCCGAUUUCACCGCUGUGCUUGGCCCGCCCACGGCCGGCACGUUACCGCCUGCGCCCGCCUCGGAGCCAGACCUCUUGCCUCCGCCCGCCGUCCGAGAGGAGGAAUACAUGCUCGAGCCAGAGCGGUCGCGCUCCGAGGACCACCAAGCCCCCGUUCCUCCCCCGGCAUCGAAAGCGCAGUGGAAGCUCAAGGGCGUCGUGUCCGUCAUACGACAUGCCGAUCGCACACCGAAGCAGAAGUUCAAGUACACGUUCCACUCCCAGCCCUUUGUCGACCUGCUCAAAGGACAUCAGGCUGAGGUCUUGUUGAUUGGUGAACCGGCUCUGCAGAGCGUCAGCGAUGCAGUCAAGCUCGCUCUGGACGAGAAGCGCGAGGAUCCAAGGAAGCUCCGCGAGCUGCAGCUGUACCUGGGGAAGAAAGGUCCGUGGCCUGGCACCAAGGUGCAGAUCAAGCCCAUGUUCCGCAAGAGGAGAAAGGACGAAUUCCUCCCCGGCGAAUCCCCACCCGAUGAGUCGCCCGAGAGGCAGAGGCAGGGCUCAACCUCCAGCCUGCUCCGAGACGCAGGCAACGAGAGCAGCAACGAGACGGACCCGGAGCGACUCAAGAACAGGAGCGACUCCAUGUCUGGCGUCACCCUGUCCCGCAUCACCGCACAAGACAACAACAUGGUCCUCGACAAGCUGCAGCUGAUCAUCAAAUGGGGCGGAGAGCCAACGCACUCGGCUCGCCACCAGACCCAGGAUAUGGGAGCGAACCUGCGCAACGAUCUGCUGCUGAUGAACCGCGACGUCCUCGACGACGUCCACAUCUUCAGCAGCUCGGAGCGAAGGGUCACCACCAGCGCCCAGAUCUUCGGAGCCUCGUUCCUCGACAAGGAUCAGUAUCCGGCUGAGCAGAUCCACGUCCGCAAGGAUCUCUUGGAUGACUCCAACGCCGCAAAGGACGUCAUGGACAAGGUCAAGAAGAGGCUCAAGACCCUGCUCCGCGCUGGCGACAAGGCACCACCCCAGUUUGCGUGGCCCAAGGACGUGGCGGAGCCCUACAUUGUCGUUCGCCAGGUGGUCGCUCUCAUCAAGUUUCAUCAGCGGGUGAUGAACCACAACUUCAAGAAGAUCGAGUCCGAAGCCAUGUCCUCUCUCAGCGCCAUCGCCUCUCCACCCGCCGCCGACGGCGCUCCCGGACAGUCCAAGCACACGAGCGUGAACCACAUCCAGUCACGUUGGUGCUGCAACGAAGGCCCGGAGCUGUUCAAGGAGCGGUGGGAGAAGCUCUUCAAGGAAUUCAAGGAUGCCGAUAAGGUCGAUCCUAGCAAGAUCUCCGAGCUCUACGACACGAUGAAAUUCGAUGCUCUGCACAACCGUCCCUUCCUCGAGUGGGUCUUCACCCCAGACGACACCUUCACGGACGACGACGCGAUCCCCGAGCCUCCCAGGCAGAAGACGUCCGACGAGCCAGCUGCAGCCGAGGGGAAGCCCGAGAUCAAAGAGGGCAGCGCCGAGAAGCCCCACGAGCGCGGCAGCAUCGCCCGUCGCAUGGGCUUCAGACGGCCCUCGGAGAUCGCCGUGAAGCCCGCCGUACCUCCCUCGUACGCAAACGAGUCUUACUUCAAGCUCUACACCGGCAUGGGCAACGCGGCCUCCAAGGCUCGGAUGGAUGCCCGCCUGGUCAAGCUCCGUGAAAUGUACCACCUCUGCAAGGUACUCUUCGACUACAUCGGUCCGCAAGAGUACGGCAUCGAGAGCGAGGAGAAGCUGGAGAUUGGCCUGCUCACCUCACUGCCGCUGCUCAAGGAGAUCGUUGGCGACCUGGAAGAGCUGCAAGCAUCGGAUACGCCCAAGUGCUUCUUCUACUUCACAAAGGAAUCGCACAUCUACACCCUCCUCAACUGCAUCCUCGAAGGCGGCAUCAAGACGAAGAUUGAGCGCAAUGCUAUUCCCGAGCUCGACUACCUCUCGCAGAUCAACUUCGAGCUGUACGAGUCGGAGAAUGCAAGCACAGACGAUGCGCCGCACACAUUCAACUACAGCAUCCGCAUCACCCUGUCACCCGGUUGUCACGCCUUUGCGCCCCUGGACGUCCAACUCGAUUCCCGCCACAUGAUUGGCUUCUCGCCCCGCCGCAGUCUCACCGCACAUCAAGACUGGAAAGAGGUCCUCGAGACGCUAAGAGCAAAGUUCCACACUGUCAAGCUCCCCAAAUCCUUCGUCGCCAUCGACCUCAGCGAAAAGGAGGCCUUUGAGCGUAGGCUGAACGGGAACGGCAGUGGGAGUGGUCAGACCAAGGAGAACCUCGACCCCGAAGCUGUGGAGAGGGGACGCAGCGAGGAGCGACGAGCGAGUGCGGACGCCGAUGAACCGAGCACGGAACUCCCGCCUCCUGCGCUAGAUGCUUAG